AAUAUGAGUUAUAAUUUUUUGAAAUUUUUUCUAUCCCCAAAUUUUCGGUUUUUUUACAUAAAACUUUAUUUUUAUUUCAUCGUGCCACUUUGCAAAGUUUGACAUCUUCCUUUCCGUCUAACCCACCAAAAUAUGCAGCCGCCACUGUAAUUCAAGCACGCCGCUGGGGGAGGGUACUAGAAAAAGCUGCUGCAUCUCAUAUAGAAGUGUAAAGGAAUGGAGCUUCUGUGUUUAAUUGUCACGUUAGCUGUGAUUUUGGUUUUAGGGUUUGUAUUUGUGAUCUUCUUUGAAGCAUAUAGAAGAAGAAAUAAUCACCAGCACAUUGAAGUCCCGGCGAUUUUUGAGGAUCCCAAUUCGUUGAAACAGGUACCUUGCCCACAUGUUGUUGAUCCUGCCUCAAAAUAUAUUUCUUUGAUAAUUCCUGCAUUUAACGAGGAACAUAGACUUCCUAGUGCACUUGAGGAAACUAUGAUUUAUCUGCAACACCGUGCUUCAAAGGACCCUUCUUUUUCAUAUGAGGUUGUAAUUAUUGAUGAUGGAAGUGUUGAUGGGACUAAAAGAGUAGCUUUCGAAUUUGUUAGGAAAUACACAGUAGACAAGGUAAGGGUCAUCCUUCUUGGAAGAAAUCAUGGCAAGGGAGAAGCAAUCAGAAAAGGAAUGUUGCACUCACGAGGUGAAUUACUUCUCAUGCUCGAUGCUGAUGGAGCAACCAAGAUCACUGACCUAGAAAAACUUGAAAAUCAGAUUCGAGCUGUUGCCAAAAAGGAUGGAGAUUCAAGUGGUAGUGAUCCUAGCUUUAGAAUAUCUGAUACCCCUGUUGUUGUAUUUGGUUCACGAGCUCAUCUAGAGGAGAAAGCUUUGGCUACAAGGAAGUGGUACCGCAAUUUUUUAAUGAAGGGGUUCCAUCUUGUGGUUUUAUUGGCUGCUGGUCCUGGAAUUCGUGAUACACAGUGUGGUUUCAAGAUGUUUACUAGGGCUGCAGCUAGGAAACUCUUUUCAAAUGUCCGCUUGAAAAGGUGGUGCUUUGAUGUUGAAUUGGUCUUUUUGUGCAAGUGGUUUCAGAUCCCAAUUUCGGAAAUUUCUGUAAUUUGGUCUGAGAUUCCGGGAUCCAAAGUGAAUCUUCUUAGUAUACCAAACAUGGUUUGGGAGCUUCUGCUAAUGUCCGUAGGGUACAGGAUUGGUAUAUGGAGAAUUUCUAAUUCCACCUAAGCUUCAAUGCAUCAAUAUUGGGAAGAAAAUUGGCAUUUUCCUAUCCACAGAGUGACAUGUUAAUGAUAAAUUUAAAGUUUGUAGGUGGUCAUAACCUUGGAUGGGGUCAUGAAUGCUUUGUUUUUUUUUUCCCUUUUUGUUUUUUUACUGUUGUUAUUUCUACUAGGGAAAAAGUAUUCAACAGUUCAUAAUUUUACCAUUUAGUGUUGUUAUUUCUUACCUA